GGCGCCGGGCGUAGGAGCGCUUCGGCCGGGGCGCUUUUGGGCGUUCGGACGUUUGGUGGCGUUGCGGCCCGCGCCUGAGCCGGCCCUGCUUCUCGCUGUGCCAUGGCGGACGAGGGGAAGUCCUACAACGAGCACGAUGACCGUGUUAGUUUCCCUCAAAGAAGAAAGAAAGGCCGGGGUCCUUUCCGGUGGAAAUAUGGUGAGGGGAACCGUAGGUCUGGAAGAGGAGGUUCUGGCAUCCGGUCUUCCCGCCUGGAGGAAGAUGACAGAGAUGUGGCGAUGAGUGAUGCCCAGGAUGUUCCCCGAAUACGACACAACCCCUAUCCUUCCCGACCCAACCGUCGAGGUGACAAUUGGCAUGAUCGAGAUCGCAUUCAUGUUACUGUGCGGAGAGACAGAACUCUUCCAGACAGAGGAGGGGCUGGUACCAGUCAGGAUGGGACCUCGAGAAACUGGUUUAAGAUUACAAUUCCUUAUGGCAGAAAGUAUGACAAGUCAUGGCUCCUGAGUGUGAUUCAGAGCAAGUGCAACGUCCCUUUCACCCCCAUUGAGUUUCACUAUGAAAACACACGGGCCCAGUUUUUCGUGGAGGAUGCCAGCACCGCUUCUGCGUUGAAGGCCGUCAACUAUAAGAUUGUAGAUCAGGAAAACCGAAGGAUAUCCAUCAUCAUCAACUCCUCUGCCCCACCCCAUUCGGUACAGAACGAACUGAAGCCGGAACAAGUCGAGCAGCUAAAGCUGAUCAUGAGCAAACGAUAUGAUGGCUCCCAACAAGCGCUUGACCUCAAAGGCCUCCGUUCAGACCCAGACUUGGUGGCUCAGAACAUCGAUGUCGUCCUGAAUCGCAGGAGCUGUAUGGUGGCUACCCUGCGAAUCAUUGAGGAGAACAUCCCUGAGCUUUUGUCCUUAAACUUGAGCAACAACAGGCUAUACAGGCUGGAUGACAUGUCCAGCCUUGUGCAGAAAGCACCCAACCUGAAGAUCCUCAACCUCUCCGGAAAUGAGUUGAAGUCUGAGAGGGAGUUGGACAAGGUAAAAGGGCUGAAGCUGGAAGAGUUGUGGCUCGACGGAAACCCGCUAUGCGACACCUUCCGAGACCAGUCCACCUACAUCAGCGCCAUUCGAGAACGAUUUCCCAAGUUACUACGCCUGGACGGCCAUGAGUUACCUCCGCCAAUUGCAUUUGAUGUUGAAGCCCCCACAAUGUUACCUCCCUGCAAGGGAAGCUACUUUGGAACAGAGACCCUGAAGAAUCUGGUCCUGCACUUCCUGCAGCAGUACUAUGCGGUGUACGACUCUGGAGACCGGCAGCGGCUCCUGGACGCCUACCACGACGGGGCCUGCUGCUCCCUCAGCAUUCCCUUCACGCCCCAGAACCCUGCCCGAAGCAACCUGGCCGAGUACUUCAAGGAUAGCAGGAAUGUGAAGAAGCUCAAAGACCCGACCCUGCGGUUCCGGCUGCUGAAGCACACACGUCUCAACGUCGUCGCCUUCCUCAAUGAGCUGCCCAAAACUCAGCACGACAUCAACUCCUUUGUGGUAGACAUAAGCGCGCAGACAAGUACGUUGCUGUGUUUUUCUGUCAACGGGGUCUUCAAAGAAGUGGACGGAAAGUCUCGGGAUUCUUUGCGAGCCUUCACCCGGACAUUUGUCGCUGUUCCUGCGAGCAACUCAGGGCUGUGCAUCGUGAACGACGAGCUGUUUGUGCGGAAUGCCAGCCCUGAUGAGAUCCAGAGAGCCUUUGCCAUGCCUGCACCCACCCCUUCCUCCAGUCCAGUGCCCACCCUGUCCCCAGAGCAGCAGGAAAUGCUGCAGGCGUUCUCUACCCAGUCUGGCAUGAACCUUGAGUGGUCCCAGAAGUGCCUUCAGGACAACAACUGGGAUUACACCAGAUCUGCCCAGGCCUUUACUCAUCUCAAGGCUAAGGGCGAGAUCCCAGAAGUGGCGUUUAUGAAGUGAUCUGUAGCCGUGCCCCAGAAGAAGCCCCCUGUAAAAUAGCCCUUGGAUAUUGAUGUCUCCUUGUCGUGGCUGUCGGCUCUUGUCUCCUCCUCUCUGGCCCCCAGGCCACCCCGUGACUGUGACCGAAGAGGGAGGGCUGCUGGAUCCCUCUCCUCACCUGCCUUCUGGAAGACUUCUGGGAGACUUCCAGGAGAUUGAGCCUCACUGGUGCCAGGAAGCCAAAGCUUACUUUGUAGAACUGACACUAAACUCCCUCGAAGGAUUUAGGUGCUUUGUGUACUUAACCCCAGAACCCGCCGUACUUUUUAAGAUAAAGAGUGAUAUUGUA